UGCUAUACACAUCCUCAACUCUCAUUAUAAACAGAUUGAUGGGAUAGCUAUGGGUUCACCACUCGGCUCGAUUUUAGCAGACAUUUCUUGCCAAACUGGAGAAUGGAGCAUUGAAAGAGGUCAUUAAGGAGAUGACUAUGUAUCACCGUUAUAUUGACGACAUAUUCGUUAUCCUGGAUCAGAAUGUGCAUACAAACGAAGUGUUAAGAAAAUUUAUUGAAGUGCACCCUUUACGCACUUUCACUUGUGAGGAAGAAAAUGCCAGUAAACUACACUUCUUGGAUGCCUUGCUAAGCAGAAGAGAAGAUGGCUCACUCAGUAGAUGUGUUUAUAGGAAGACCACAUCCAUAAGUCAGUAUACACAUUUUAUUAGUCAUGUACCAAUUCGAUACAAAGCAAACCUGGUCAAAAGCCUCAGUAACAGAGCACGAAAAAUGUGUUCGGAUGAUCAAGUACUGAAGGAGUUAGAUUAUAUCGUAAUUCAUUAGUUGAAAUGGAUUACCAUAACAG